CCUUUCUGCGGCCAUUUCAUGAUCUGCUACCAGCAGAAUGGUAACGGGAAGGAAAUGUUUUCAAUGGAACGGAUGUGAAGGUCUAGUCUUUUCUUUCGGGACUUUAGGCAGAGAGUCACAGAGUAGAAUAUAACGUUACCUCCCUAAUCUACAAUUCAACACAGUAGGGAUAAACAUCUCAUCUGGUUCACUUCGCCUGAACUCUGCAAACGACCGGCCGUAAACGAGUGUCUACAAUGAAUCAGGAAACACUCUCCCUCCAACCCUCCUCCUCCCUACCCCUCCUGGAGUCCCCGUGUCAUGCCUCUCCCGGUAGCCCCUUACUGCUGGGUCUGAAGUGGCUGUCUGUGCUGCUGGUCGACUGCAGGAGAACACCGGAGCUAAGGGACAGUCCUAACCGUCGCUCUCUCAGUAGAAGGGGCUUGUUAACUUGGGAGGCUAAACAACAACAUGAUGCUGAGGAGGCAGAGAAAAGUCUCUCCAGAUCAGAACACCUCAAGAAACAACAACAGAGACCCACAAGGAAGAAAUCUCACUGCUGCACUGACUGUGGGAAGAGAUUCACCUCUUCAACAGACCUUAAAAGACACCAGAGAAUUCAUACUGGAGAGAAACCUCACUGCUGCUCCCAGUGUGGAGCUAGCCUCUCCACUGCCAGUGCACUGGAAGGACACAUGCGGAUUCACACUGGAGAAAAACCGUACCAGUGCUCAGAAUGUGGGCAGAGAUUUAAAGACUCCAGUGGUUUACGCAUACAUGAGAGAAUAAAACACACUGGCGAAAAACCCCACUGCUGCUCUGACUGCGGGAAUAGAUUUGUUACAUCGCAACACUUAAAAGCUCACCGGCGGACUCACACUGGAGAGAGACCGUUCCACUGCUCUGAGUGUGGGAAGGGUUUCAAACAAGCGUCAGCACUCUUUGAACACAAACGAAUACACACAGGAGAAAAGCCUCACCACUGUGAGCAGUGCGGGGGAAGCUAUUCCUCUGCUAAAUUACUCAGAAUACAUCAGAGGAUUCACACAGGGGAGAAACCUUACCAAUGCACUGACUGUGAGAAAAGCUUCAGAUUUUCGUCUUCUUUAAGAUGUCACCAGCUAAGACAUACUGGAGAGAAGCCCCACCAAUGUACUGAGUGUGGGAAGAGGUUUGCUUUUAAGACUGGACUCUUGCAACAUAACAAAGUGCACACUGGAGAGAAAGACUACCAGUGCCCACAGUGUGGUAAGAAGCUAGGAUCAUCUCAUUCUCUAGAGCAGCAUAAGCGAACACACACUGGACAGAAACCCUUCCACUGUUCCCACUGUAAGUUGAGCUUUGCCACUAAUUCAGCCCUGUACAAACACCAGAGAAUUCACACAGGUGAGAAACCUCACAGCUGCAAUGUUUGCCAGAGGAGUUUUGGACGGUCAGAUCACCUGAAAAAGCAUAUGCAAAUUCACACAGGAGAAAAACCAUACCACUGCUCUAAGUGCGAGCGGAGUUUCACUAACAACAAAUCUCUGAAAGAACAUGAGGUCAGACACACUGAAGCUAAACCUCACUGCUGCUCCCAAUGCGGUGCUAGUCUCUCCUCUGCCAGGGCACUAGAAAGACACAUGCGGAUUCACACUGGAGAGAAACCGUACGAGUGCUCUGAAUGUGGGAAGACGUUUGCACACAGAACCAACCUUGCGAGACACCGAAUAGUACACACAGGGGAGAAGCCGUAUCAAUGCUCUGACUGCAAGAAGAGCUUUCCAAGACUUGGCUCUUUAAAACUACACAAGUUCACACAUUCAGAGAAGAUGUACCACUGCUCUCAGUGUGAGUCGAGCUGCACAACGCCAGGCGCAUUAAAGAAACACCAACUUAUACACACUGGAGAGAAGCCUUACCACUGCUCCCACUGUGACAAGAGCUUCCUUCGACAAUAUUCUCUCAAAGAACACGAGCGUCUUCACAAAGGAGAGAAACCAUUUUCUUGCUCAGACUGCGGGAACAACUUUGCCACAAUGGCAAUCUUGCGAAUUCACCAGCGAAGACACACAGGAGAGAGGCCAUACCACUGCCCUUUCCCUGACUGUGGGAAGAGUUUUGCCCAGGCCAGCGCCUUGAAAGUUCACAAGAGAAGGCACACAGGAGAGAAGCGGCACCACUGUGGUCAGUGUGGGAUGAGUUUUGUCACGUCAGGUGACUUGCGAACUCACUCCAAAAAGAAGCAUUAGUGCUGCACGAGUGUGGACUCUAGUGUUUCUAGAUCCGAUUCCUAAUAAAAUUACGAGAAUCCACACAGGAAAGAGGCGGUACAGCUGCUCAGUGUGACGAGUUACACCGAUAAUGGUCACCUGUUUACACCAGCUGACACACACAGGAGAGCAACGUCCUCACUCUUCUGACUGUAAGAUGAGGUUCCCCACUAAGGGUCAACUGACUGGACACCAGCAGAGACCCACAGGAGAGAAACCUCACUACUGCUCCGAGGGUGGCAAGAGCUUCAAGUGUUCAAUGGACCUGAGAUGCCACAUUCAGCGCAAACACAGUGGGACAUCCUACCACUGCACCCUCUGUCAGCGCAGCUUCAGCUCCCCAUAGCAUCUGAAGUAUCACCAAAUGACACACACGGGAGAGAAACCAUUUGUCUGCACCGACUGCGGGAAGAGAUUCACUCUGGCAGGUGGGUUGAGGUACCACAGGAGGACACCAGAGAGAAACCUCACACCUGUGAUCAGUGUGACAAGCAUUUCAGUAAAAGGAUCCAUCUGCAAUCACAUCAGUUGACACACAGGAGAGAAACCUUUCAGCUGUGAUGAAUGUGGAAAGAGAUUCACACAAGGGAACCCUGGCUUCACACAAGAGAAUACACACCUGAGAGAAACCUUACCACUGCUCUCUAACUGGGAAAUGCUUUCCCACCUCAAGUGAUCUGAUUAUACACCAGAGAACACACACAGGAGUGAGGCCUAAUGGCUGUGGACAAGAGAAGACUGAUAAAUAUUUUAAUUAGUCAUUUGUAAUUGAUUGAACACCUAUAGAAACAAUUAUAGAAUGAGCAUCAAGGACACACGGUAACAACUGUGAAAUGUGAACGCUUGUAGGUUGUCCUUGACAAUGCCCAUACCUGAAACAACAAUACUUUAAAAUAUGGAGGUUUUCACUCGGUAUUGUGGAUUUCACCAAAACCGGUAGUUUUUAAUUUCGGCCAAAACGUUUAUCUAAAAAAAAGGGCUUUAUAAAUAAAUGUGAUUUGAACUUGCAUCAUUGUCACAAAGCCACAACCGCAUUAGAAGUUCUGAAUGAGAAAGUGUAGGCUAUAUAUAAAUAAUUACGCUCUAAUGGAAAAUCAUUCAACAAAAUGAGUAUUUCUAUCAAGGUGUAGCCAAUAACAUUGUUUGAACUUUGAUACACGGCCUCAUGGGAUUGACUCUGUGCAGCCAAUGGCAAUGUUCGCUUUAGUUAUAAUGCCAGGAGCCUCUUGUGGAUUUGACAACUCUAAUGCAGUUCCACCUCCAACACCGCCAAAACAAUCACUAUGCAGAUGUUGUCUAACACGGGUCUAAUUGAAUCAAGCCCUGAGAACGGACACAGUUCUCAACAUACUCACAACUUGCCAUUGGAUACAAAUUAUAAACAUUUGGAUGCAGAAAAUAAUUGCUGCAAAUGAAGUUCUAGUCAAAUACUGUAUGGAACAUGAUAUUUACCAUCUACUGUUCUUUCUUCUCAGCACUUCAAAAUGAACACUUUUGAAAUGUAGCUGGUAUUUUUUUGCAUUUGGAUUGUGGGCUCAAUUCAAUGAGAUUUGUAGCUAGCCGACACCUGCAUAGCUGGUGUUGUGACGGUGUCUGAGGUGGAACUGUGUCAGAGCUGCUAAAAACACAAGCUGUUCCUGUUGUCGUGUCUUUGGCAUCAUUAAAGUGAAGACUGUUAUUUUAUCAAAUCAAUUCUCUGUAAUUAUUAUUACGUGAUUAAACUAAUCAUGUAAAUGUAAUUAACUAGCAAUUCCGGGCACCAAGGAAAAUCUUCAGAUUACAAAGUUAUAAUU